GAAACAAUAACAUGAACCAUAAAAGCGCGGGCUUUGCGGCCUCUGCUGGACGAAGAGGUGAACUACAUUCAGAAAUGAUAACUACGGCCUCCAUCACUGACCCUUGGCAUCGUGUAAUCGCUGACCAAACUGACAUGUGGGAUCAUAUUCAGACCAUGCUCCUGGUAAAGGCUAGACGACAGCAUCACACAAAGGAAAAUCUAUCACUCGCUCUCAGGGAUUUGAUUCUCACAGUUAUGGAAGUUCAAGAAGGUCCAACUGAUGUCAGCUAUUAGAGCAGCAGGUUUUGGUGCAGGAUGUCACAGUCGCUGACAUUUUCCCCGAGCAGCAAAUCUCAUCAUCAAACGUCACCCCCUCAGACCAAAGAAGGCAGCUGCUUCACCCAGGAAAAGAGCAACACCUUGAGCCUGAGAACUGCAGCAGUGAGCAGGAGGCACAGCGCUGAUGGGAUGAUCAGUUCACGGUCAGGGCGAGGGGACGUGGACGCUGACCGUUUCCACCCGUAUCAGCGACAGUUCAGUGAUGGAGAAGUGGCAGGGUGCCUACAACAGUGCUCUUCUUCCUUUAGCAGUCUGCAUGAGGUGUGCAGUCCUGGCAGUCAUUCACACAGCAGCGAUAUACCACCAUCCUGGGACCAGUACAAUGGCAGCAUUGAGAACUCAUAUCCAGAGCUACCAGGCAUACCUGUGGAUCCUCCCUGUUUUCUGUCUCAGAGCUAUCCAUCCUACAGCUCAGCAAGUCCUCAACAACAGGUCUCUUCUAGACUGUAUCCUAACAACGACCAGUCCAGCACCUCAAAAUAUAGUCUCUCCAGCCAGUCACACCAGGACGGCACCACACAGUCCAUCUUUCCUAAGCCCAUUUACUCAUACAGCAUUUUGAUUUUCAUGGCUCUGAAGAACAGCAAAACAGGAAGUCUCCCAGUCAGCGAGAUCUACAGCUUCAUGACUGAACACUUCCCAUAUUUCAAGACGGCUCCUGAUGGAUGGAAGAACUCGGUGCGGCACAAUCUGUCCCUGAAUAAGUGCUUUGAGAAGGUGGAGAACAAGAAUGGCAGCACGUCUCGUAAAGGCUGCCUGUGGGCGCUCAAUCCAGCCAAGGUGGAGAAAAUGCAGGAGGAGCUGCACAAGUGGCGCCGGAAAGACCCUGUUACUAUUCGCAGGAGCAUGGCAAAGCCAGAAGAUCUUGAUCGACUACUGGGAGAAAGACCGGAAAGACUCAGGUCUGUGCCACCGUACCCCAAAUCAGGCACAUUAACCAGAGCGACCCCCGUCUACAACCCCUCUGCUUUUACUCCAGCUGAGCUUCGCCCGGCAUGCCAGCCCAUUUGCCAGUCACAGUAUGCUCACCUUCAGCCUCAGCAGCCCUUCUACCUCCCCCCUGCUGUCACACACCCCAGCAACUCAUUCGCCCUCUUCUCACCCUGUGGACAGCAGCCUGCGGCCGGUAUCCCAUCAUCCACUGGAAGCCUCAACUCACCGGUAGCUGGGAAGAUACCACCUGUUUAUAACAAUGCUCUCCAGUGUGAUUACAGUGUUGAGCCCAGGACCACCAUGCAGGAGUUUCUGCUGGAGGGAGACACCACUUAUGACAUUGACAUGCUCAACCCCAGUCUGUCUGACCUUCAGCUGCAAGGUAACCUGUGGGAGGAGCUGAGAGUCGACAGUCUGGUGGCAGAGCCACAAAUUAGCACAAGCUUGUCCGCUACCUUUGUCCCUCAGAACCACCACAUCCAGAGCAGCGGCCUGCACGUCAUGCCUCCCAUCAGUCAGACAUCAGCUGUGGUUGCCAGCGGUCGUUGUGAAGCGAAGUACGAGGACGGGAACGAAGGGAGAAAUGUGGAGCAGCACGGCUGUUUUAACGGACUAAAUCCUGUAUUAUAUUCAGGAGUGGAAAGCUUGGCUGGGUAUCUGACCUCCUGCACUGCAUCCGUCUCUUUAAUGUAAACCUUCGCUCUAUGGAUUUGAUGUACCAUGUGAUUCUGAAUGAGGAAUAUAGUUUCAAGCAGUUUCACACUACAGUGUAUGAUUGGUGGUAAUUUAAGUCAUCUCUGCAACAGACUCUGGUGAGAUUGGUUGUUGAGAUUUUCACUGCAUGCAGUCACAGUUCAGCUGAUAGGACAGAAGAGCUUGUGUAUAGUUAUUGUCUGACACAUUUUUCCGCCUCCAUUUCUUCUUAUAGCUCCUGAUGAAUUAGACUAUUUAGUAUUAGAGGUUUACAAAGUGCAUGGAGUAGAGGAUAAACUCAGAUGGAUCAAAACCCCAGUAACACCUUAAUUCAGAUCAUUGCAAAGAAAGAGGUUAACAAAAAACACCCCCAUGAAAACCAGAAAUAUAUCAGUCAAGCGAUAUUGUUGUUGCUGGAGUUUUUUGAAUCAAUUCAUAAUUAGCCAAAAAAGUUUGAUACACAGAGGAUAGAAAGAGAAAUGGCUGAAUUAAAACGGUAAUUAAAGUACUUAAUAAACAUAAAGCUCUCUUGCAAAAUUAUAUAUAUAUAUUUGAAUGUAUCUAUUUAUUUACCCCUC